UCCCUAUACAGCCUUAAUUUCUACGUCAUCUUCUUCUGCUUCAUCAUCCACAGCUUGUUUACUCACCACCGCCUACUACUCCUCACCCUCUUGCCUUAAAAUAAAAUUUAAGGAUUUUCUCAAUAAAACCAAAAAUGUUUUAAAAAUCAAAAUCUCAAAUUAUCAGCAACAACAGCAAACUCAACAGCAACAGCGACAUCUCGAACAACAACAACAACAAUCUCAUCUACAACAAUUACAAAAAUCUUCUCAAAUGAAUUUCUCUAAUAACUCGUAUACGUGUUCAAAUAAUAAAACCCAAAAGAUAGCUGUUAAAGUCUUAAAGUCACCACAAAAUCCCACAUAUCAAACAACUCAGGAAUUUAAUAACUAUGCAACGGAUCAGCAAAAUGACUACUAUCAACAGUAUCAUCAGCAGGACCAUUUAUAUCAACAGCAGAAAGCUUUAAUGCCACCUCUGGAUCAUGCCACUCAUAUUUUAGCUCAUCAGCAUCAUUGUAAACAUCAUCAUAAGCAUCAUAAUAAUCAGCAUCAUCAUCAUCAUCAUCACCAUCAUCAACAGCAGCAGCAGUCGCAGCAUAAAACUAGCCAACAGUCACCACAACAAUUCCAACAUCAUUUGCAACAGCAACAACAGGAUUUAGUAAAAUCCCUACAGAAUGAAUUACAAUUUCAAUAUUUUGAGAAAAAACCACCUACACCACAGAAAACCUCUUGCCACUCGAACCCACAAACGCCUAAACAUGGCGGUGGCAAAAAAUUGUCAGAAUCGAAAACACCCACCUCUACUUUAACGAAACCUAAGAAAUGGCGAAGACCUUUUAGUUCGUAUCAUUCCUGUGAUGAUUUAGAUGCCUCGAAUAAUGCCACCAAUUUAAAUAAAUCCCAGCAGCAACAACAAUCCAAUGAGAAAAUGGUGGUGGCCAGUUUGAAAUAUUUAUGUGCCUGCACUGGAGCCACUUUGAGGAAUUUAUCAAAGAAAACCAAAGAUUUACAUAAGAAUAAUUGUUAUACGUAUAAUAAGCCCACGUGGCGUAUAUGGGGUGAGGAAAAGGAUACCGAUAUUAUUUAUACGGUUUAUUUGAAAAAGGUGUGCUAUCACCGGCCCACACCCUCAGCAACAACUGCCGACUCCGAAGAUGACAUUUCCUAUUUGGAAUGGGAAAUGGUGCGUGUGCGUUUUGUCAAAGCCGCCACAUUGGAACGACUAGUCGAGGCUUUGGCCACCGAUGAUGGCGAACUAGAAUCCACCUUCAUCAAUGUUUUUCUCAAUACCUAUCGCACCUUUUCCACACCCAAAGAGGUUCUAGGGCUGUUUGUCAAACGCUAUAAUACUUUGUGCGAAAAGCAACGUAUUGAGGAUUUGAAAAAUAAAGACAAUGUCGAUUACGAUCGUUCCAAUUCCAUACAUGAACAACACAAGAAAACCCUGAUGUCCGUGUGGAAAAUGUGGUUAAAUGGUUUUCCUGAAGAUUGGAAUGAAGAGAAUCUAGAGGCUUUAAUAAAUUUCACCAGCAAAUAUCUGCCCAACUCCGAUCUACAUUCGAGGGCCUUAAAUCAAUUGGAAAUGAUUUUACGCCAACAGGUGUAUAGUAAAAAACAACAUUUGCCCAGCUGGUUGAAUGAUCAGUUUGCUGAUCUAUACUUGGCUCCUGAGUUUCAUGGGAGAGCUUGUUUUUUGGAAACUUAUCGUUUUCCUCGCAUUGAUGUGCGUCACUUUGCCGAGCAAUUGACGCGCAUGGAUUGUGAACUAUUUAAGAAAGUGAUAUCGCAUCAGUGUCUGGGCGCCACUUGGUCGAGGCGAUCACAGGGUUGCUGUGAAACGGUGGUGGCCACUGUGACACAAUUUAAUGAAGUUUUGUAUAGAGUGAUAACGAGUAUUUUAAUUGAGAGAGCUUUGGAACCACAAGAUCGUGCUGUAUAUAUUUGUGUUUGGAUUGAUAUAGCUCAAGAAUUGAGAUUACUGAAAAAUUUCUCCUCCCUUAAGGCCAUUAUAACGGGUCUAAAUUCUUCAGCUAUUUAUAGACUAAGCAAAAUCUGGUCGGUUUUACCGAAAGAAAAGCUGGAAAUCUUUCAUGAACUGGCACGCAUUUGUUCGGAGGACAAUAAUGCUUCAGUACAAAGAGAACUGCUGAUAAGAGAGGGCACUGCGAAAUUUGCCGAAACAGUGGGCGAAAAUGAUCGUCAUAUGCAAAAGAUUAUACAGAAACAGAGUACCCAAACCUCCCAUGGUACUAUACCCUAUUUGGGUACCUUCCUAACCGAUUUAACCAUGAUACACCAAGCUAACCCUGAUACUGUGGGCGAUGAUAAAUUGAUAAAUUUCGAAAAGAAACGCAAAGAAUUUGAGGUUUUGGCCAAGAUUAAACUUUUACAGGGAGCAGCUAAUACCUAUAAUUUAGAUGAGGAUCCUUUAUUUAAUAGAUGGUUUUACUCCAUGCCUGUAUUAACCGAAGAAGAAGCUCAUACGUUAUCCUACCAACUAGAACCGCCGCCACCCACGGCUCCGCGUAAAAGUACCACCUCCUCUAAUAUGUCAUCGGCUAAUUCCUCUAUAUUGGGUCAUCGGAAAACCGAUUCUAUAGCCUCGAAUUCUAGCAGUGGGGCAGGCUCACAAUUCUAUUGUGAAAUUAGUUCUCAUAACAGCUCAAGGCACAAUUCUUUGGAUCGAGAAGCCCAACAUAAUCACAUGUCAGCUACCAGCAGUGUAUCGAAUUUAUCACUGGACUCUAGUAACUCGGGAGGGGGCAUAAACAAAUCGAAAAUGAUACAUUCUCAUUCCACGAAUGGUUUAUUGCGCAGUCAACAUGGUUCCAGCACCAGUGGUUCACAUACACCCACCCAUAUAGGUUCGCCCCUGAUUAAUGCUCAAGUUGUUAAUUCCCCUGGGGCCAAUGCCGAUUUCUAUAUAGUCAAAAUCACCCUGGAAACGGAAACAAUGCCCCAGGAUGGCAUUGUUGUCUAUAAGAGUAUGAUGGUUAAGAAUAAUGAACGCACACCACAAGUGAUACGUAAUGCUCUAAUGAAACUGGGCAUAGAAGAUGAUCCCGACAAUUAUAUUUUGGCUCAAAGGCUGCCCGAUAAGGACGUGGAUUUGCCGCGCAAUGCCAAUGUCUUUUAUGCGGUGGUGGUGAAUAAGAAUUUCGAAUUGCGUUUCAUAUUGAAACCCAAUGCGGAACGUUUGAAUGGCGUUAUCAACAAUGGCAGUGGUAGUCGCAGUAGUCGUGGCAGCAAUAGCUAAUGGUUAACCAAGACCCUGUAAAUGAAAAAAGGGUCAUUCACUGAUUGGGAAAUUCUAUAUUUUGUGAAAUUGUUAAGAAGUUAAGUUUUUAACAAACGCAGCGCGUACAAAAAACAAACAAACGAGGGGUGCUUCUGAAGUAACAGAAAUGAUAUGAAAUGGAAAUAAAAUUUGGAACACUUUUAACACACACAGGAUAAUAACUUUCAAAUAAAUUAGGAACAUUUUGAAAGUUUUGUAAACAAAUUUAUUUAAAAAAGAAAUUAACGAAUCUUUUAGUUAAGUAGUUAAGCUGAAAGGAAAGGGCAGCAAUUAAGCAAAAAAUUGAGCUUGAAAUUUGUUUAAUUUUCUGUUGCAAAAUUUUCUUUAAAGCUUUGUUUUUUUAAUAUAAUUUUUGUAUAUAACUAAUUUAUGAAAUAAAAUUAAAACAAACUCGAAAUUAAUUUAAUAUUUUUUAAAAAAU